AUGUCGGUGAGCACGUCCGCGUUAUACGCGAUUAUGUUCCUCUGCGCCGCCUUCGUCUUCUCCUUCCUCUUCCGCGUCCUCCGCGCGCUGCUGCUGCACGCCGCGCUGCUCUCGCCGCUCCCGCGCCGAUCCGACGACCCAGAUUCCACCAUCCACGUGCGCACCGUUCUUGUCAUUGACGGAGUUCCCGAGGGCACGCCAGCGCGCGCGGGGGAAGGGGAAGCGGGGGGGGCGGGAGGGGGGACAAGGGGGAAAGGGUUGCGAGCGGAGGAGAUUGCUGAGCACAGCGAUUUGAUUCGGUACAGUGAGGUGAAGGAGGAGCGGAGAGUAGAAGACAGGGAGUUGGUAGUGGUUGAGAUAGGCGAGAGGGAGGAGCGAGAGCAGGGGUGGGAGAGUGAGAAGGCGCGCGCGGGGAAGGAGGGUGGUGCUAAGGCCGCGUGUGAGGGGGAAGGGCAGCGAGGGGCGGAUAGAGAAGCGGAGACAGCAAGAGCAGCGGCGGCAGUGAACGGACAGGGCAGUGAAAACGCUGAGCGGCAACGGGACAGAGGAGGAGCGAGUGAGACGACUGCACUGCUGCUCCCACAUGUUCCACCAGGAGUGCAUAGACGGCUGGCUGCAAGCCCACACCUCGUGCCCUCUGUGCCGUGCAUCAGUGGCGCCAUCAAAACAGCACCACCAGUGCACGUUGCAACAAGUGUAGAUACAGAUGCAGAUGCUUGUAGAUUAGUCUCUGUAUUAUAUCGAGCCGUUCCCUCGGCCAUGGACCUCGGGAUUCUCCUCGCGUUCGCCGUGAUGGUGGCGUCCAUGAUUCUCGUCUGCGCCUACCGCCUCUGCCGUGUAAUCUUGGCCGAGGAGCAGGCGGAGCGUGCGCGGGAGCGCGAGCGCGCAUUGCGCGAGAUGGCUGCGCGCAGCCGGCUGGCGGAGGCGCUGGAUCCGAAGCUGCUGGGGGCAUUCAGCGACCUUGUGACCUACGCGGAUGUGAAGGUAUCGCGAGACGCGGAUGUGAAGGUAGCGCGCGACGCGGAUGUGAUGCAAGCGCGAGGCGCGGAUGUGAAGCUAGCGCGAGACGCGGAUGCACGUGGAAGCGCGCCGAGCUCUUCCUGCACUACCAAGGGCUCGGUGACGCUGACAGGUUUGACUGUAGCGGGGGAGAAGCUACCAAGGGAUGAUGAGUCAUGCGUGGGCGACGAUAGUUCUUUACAAGAGGAUGGGACGACUGUUGUGGUGGAUAUUCGAGUGGAGGGCAGUGAAGCAGGCGGAACUCAUCCAACCAUGAGGGACCACGUGAUUGCAAGUUGUGAUCAGACGGACUGGGGGAUUGAGGAUGGGUCGAGUGCGGUGCAAGGAGAGGAAGCCACAGCGUGGGAAGGCACACAGUCACAGGAGGGAUCGGGGGCUGGUGCUGAUAGCAGGGCCAUGCCAUCCCCACAUGCCGGUUCUAAACGCUCCUCUCCGAUGGGUGGUGAGAGGCAGGGCUUGUUACUUCUUGCAGGUCAGGUCGGAUUUGCAGCAGUGGCAGGUAGUGGCGGCACGGGUGGUCCAAGUGAGGUGGCGAUUCCUGUGACUGCUGUGACGGCAGCCGAGUGCUCCGUGUGUCUGGUGGAGCUUGAAGAUGCUGACAUACUGCGCCGCAUGCACUGCUGCCGACACCUGUUCCACCAGGUGAGCAUGGAGGGAGGGCAGUGCUGGGGCAUGGGACCGCGGAUGAUGGGUCGAUGGGGAUAA